GAUUUUCGUUUGCAAAAGUCCGCCGGGAGAGAGAAAAAGUGAGCCCUUCCUUGGUUGGAGGUCGCCCGCAGCUCAAUGUGUCGGCGGUUAAAUGCGCUGGAAGAAAACGUCCUGUGCUGUAUGUAGAGGAAGGAAGGCACUACUGCAGACUGAGCUCGCUCUUGUUCUGGCAGCGUUGGAGAAGUGAGAAUUGCGCCGCAACUGGCUGAAAAUGGCAAGAAGGAACCAGAACAUCGAUCCAUCUGGCAGGAGGCACAUGGCAAGCGGAAACAGCUACGACUAUUUGAUGGGCGCGGAUGCAAGAGCAGCAGGCGAUCAGCUCAGCGGAGAAGAAGACAGCGAUGCCUUGGAUGCAACAUGCCACUUCGAUGGCAUUCGGCGCAUUUGGAGGGCGGCAGAUGCGAUUCAAAUCCUUUCCCUUGCACGUCGGAUCCUACAGGGGCGUUGCGAAACUUGCGCGGUAGCACUACUUUGGGUCUCCGUCACAUGCAGCAAAAGGAAUGGUCUCCAUGUUGGCCAGUGGGCCUGACCAUGGCUUCGCCAGCUGGUGCGCUCUCCGACAUAUGCAUUAAGUCGCCAGGAUUUCUGAACAUCGCCAGCCUGACGACCACCUGAAUCGCAGUGUUUACCAGACAAGCAUCGACUGUGGUUCCUUGCAAGUUGCAACGCAUUAUUGAUGUCGAGCUUGCAUGUUACCAGUAACCAUAAUGCUGGCUUGUUAAAGUAAGAUCUGGAUCGGAUCGACUACCUUAGUUGUGAAGCUUCGUACUGCAAUUUUCGGAUCCAACGGCACUUCGUCAUCUUCGAAGCAGUUACAGUGCAUUUUUUUUUUUUUUUUUGAGACGAUCAAACUUUGAGUCAAAGGCCUUGAUUCAUCUUUCCUGAUUCAAGGACAGGCUAUGGUUUUAUAGCUGCCUGUCCCGGACUGGCAGCAUACAUGACUCAUGUAACCUGAGACCUUUCGCAGGUUCUGCGGCGAUCAAUGAUUCCUUGAACACGAUGAAGGAGACCCUCU